UAUAUUAUCGAGUAUUAUUUUUCUUCGUUCAACACGUUUACAGACGGUACUUUGGAGGACUGGCGAUCCGUGUUUGACGUGAACGUCCUGGGGCUUUGUCUCUGCACGCGGGAGGCUGUACGUAUGAUGCGCGAAACGGCGGCCGAGGACGCCGUCGUGAUUCAUAUCAACAGUUUGGCCGCCGAGAGAGUGCCCUUCAUCCCGGGCUUCAGCGUGUAUCCGGCGUCGAAGCGUGCUAUCACCGGCCUCGCCAUGACGUUGCGACACGAGCUCGCGGGCACGCGUAUACGCGUCACGAACAUCAGUCCCGGUUUGGUCGCAACGGAAUUCAUGGCUUCCUACAGCGUGUUCUCCCCGGAAGCGAUGGCGGCGGCGCCGACAUUAAAUCCAGACGACGUCGCGGCGGCGGCGAUUUAUGUGUUAUCCAAUCCUUCUCACGUUCUGAUACAGGAUGUCGUGUUGAGACCUUUGGGCGAAUCGUGGUGACCGAGCUUCAGAACGAUUAUACAUGUAUAUUACACAACCAAUACUAUAUCGAAAUGUUAAAUGUAGUUAGAGCGAUUGUACUUUUGAUGAGCUUUUUACGAGGUCAAUAAAAACGCAACUUUACUCA